AUGAAGACUUUGCGGGAUACGAAUAAUAAUAACAGUUCGACAGCUUCAACGCACUUUCCAUCGAAUUCUAGUCGACAGAAUCUAGGCGCAAUGAAUGCAAUGCUGCCACAGGAUGUGAACAUGACACCAAUCAAUUCGAAUAUUCAACAACAAGGAACGUCUUCAUCUCCAUUAAAUCCAUUUGCAUCUACAUUUCAUGUUGAUGUCAAUCAAUUAUCAUCAACGAUUCAAUCGUAUCUUUCAAAAGUCAACAGAACUCAACUACCCCAACUCGAUCCUGUGUUCUAUUUGCAAUGCGUUCAAAGUAAUCCCAUGCUGAUGCAACAAUUAACUUCGAUGCAAAAUAUGAUUUUAUCAACACAAAAUGAUUUGACUCAACAACAAUCAACAAAUUCCAAUCCUGAUGCAUCAACUGAAGCUAUGAAUGUAGGAAAAUAUCCUCAUAGUCUUCAAGGAAGUGCACAAGUUUUUGUUCCGAAAAUACCUUCGAUGAGUCAAGACGAUAUAGCAGAGCACACACGAUUAGUUUAUCAACGAGCGGUACAACGAAAUCAAUUGCAACAAAAUAAUGAUUUAAUGAAACAUUUCUAUGAAACAUUAAAUACUAAAGUUGCACCGAAACAAUCUUCACCAAUGCGAUCAACAAAUCUCCAAGAAGUACCAGGUGUGCCUAACGUCAGUAAUAUCGCAUCCAUUGGAACUUUUGAUGCUGUUGAUACAAUGAUCACAUCGUCGUCGUCGUGUUUCUUGACUCAAGAAUCUGAUAUAAAUGCUGCAUUAUCAUCUGUAUCACUCCUAUCGGCUGAUGAUACAAAAUUGCAUAGUAACGCUAGUUCCAUACUUGAUCCAGGUGCGCCGAUCUUCAUUCCACGACAAAGUCGUUUAAAUCUAGAUGAAGACAAUGAAACAUCUUCGUCAUCAUCAGAUUCUGAUUUCAAUGAUUUCCAUUACGUUGACCAAUUUCUUAGAGAAUUCUAUAACUCAGCUAACGAACAUGACAAUCAUAUAGUUCUUCCGAAAGUCUCAUCCAUUGAUCUCAUGCCAGAUAAAUACCCCAUGCCUCCUAAUUCUCAUGGUCAAGGUGAUGUUAUUGAUGAAUCAACUGCUGCCGAUAAGCAGGACUGUCAAUAUUCAAUUCAUGAUCUACUCAAUAGAUAUCGAAACCCUCGUUCUCAUUUGGUUUUACCCGAAUGGUCACGUUUAUCGUUAAUACUUCCAAAUGUGUGUACUAUGCGUGCACAUACAUACAAAAUAAAACGUUAUUUUGCUUAUCGUCGUCGAUUAUAUGAAGAUAGAAAUGUUACCAAAACUUCUGACGACCCAGUCUCCGUUCAAGCAUAG